CUUCAACAUCAUCUCGAUGUUUUGGCGGUCUGAGAUGCAUCUCCGUCUAUCGGCUGCUGCACGCGCUAACGCGCGCUUUUUGCAAGUCAAUAAACGUAUAAAUAUGACAAGGCAACGUUCUUCGCAGCAUUUUAACUGAACCCUAUUGUUGUGGCAACAGGACGAUAUCGGUAAUCUAUAUAAAGGAGUUUUUACUCAAACUUUUUUCAUUCAGUGCUUGUAUAACAACCGAGAUAAACUGCAAACCAAUAUUUGGAGAGGUUCCUUUAUUUUUACUUUUGAAAAACCUUUCACUAGGAAAGUGUAAUGUUGAAGUGGUUUAACUAUCAGUAGAUAGUUAAUUUUUUUUUAAGAAGAAAUUUCGGGGAAUUAUUUCUGAAAAUGUUUUCAGUGAUAGCUUCAUCUGCUCGGGUAUCGUCUCCGUCUCCAUCAUGCAACAAAUCAGGACAUCACCACCAGACCCAUCAGAUGAACACAGAGAUGGAGCAUAGUUGUGAGGUUAGCACUGCCAAGAACAUUCAGGAUAAGGAAAGGGAGACAUUCUUGUCAUAUGGAAUCUUCAAUAUGGUAGCAGGAAAAAGGACUGCAGAAUUGCUUCAUAAACAACAUAAACAUGAACAACAUCGUCAAUCUCAUUCGGAUGUAUGUGGAUUCACGGAUUUAUUUCACCAUGUCAAACAAUCAAACGAAUCCACUCCCAACCCUUCUCCAAAAGCACGACAUCAACGUCCAACGCAUGCGCACACCAUUGAUCUGUCAGAGCAUGUGAAUGCCUACAAGUCACAUGGUCACCAUCAGAAAAGUUCCAAAUGUGAUCUCUCCAAGCCCCAAGACGUGCAAAAACACAAGAAAUCCGAGGACCUUCAAUCAAGUAGUUCAAUGGAUUCCAUCUUGUAUAAAUCCGCUGUGAGCUGUCAUAAGCCGCUUAAGUGAUCUUUGAUCAGUUGUUUAUUUGGAACACUGCAGAGACAGGUGUUGGAGCUUCAAAACAAUGUGCUUUACCGAUAUAUUAAUGUUGUUUAAAGGAUCAGAAAAAAAGAUUUUCCAGUACAUUGUACUCGUGGUUGCUUUACAGAUCCACUUCUUGCACAUGACGUCUGCAAUCCCUCCUUUAAAGCAGAAGUACAAAAGGACUUGGAACUCCAGAAAACAUUGAACGAAGUUACAAUAACUUAAAGAAUCAUAUCAUUGUGUAUACCAUCUCUCUUGUUUGUGAAUACUAGUAUAUAUUUCUACUUUUAUGCUGAAAUCAUAUAAAUAUCAUUUAGUAUAUAAUUUUUUUUAUCAUAAUUUCAUUAUCUUUCUUAACCAUUCAUUCCCCAAGACGGCUAAAUUUCAACAUAAAUGCUCUUCAUAUAAGCUUUAAGCUUUAAAAAUGAAUUGUAAGUAAAUUAUGUAAUGAAAAAUUGUCCAUCACAUUUUUCAUCUAUUGUGGCCAGUGCGAAUAAAAAAAAGUUAUAAAUAUUGUAAAUCAUUGUAAAUUUGCAUUAACAAAAAAUGUCUUUGUAAUAUGU